AUGUUUUGGUAUUCCUGCGGAGAGCGACUGCGGACAUCACUCGCGCGGCCGAGCGCUCGUCGUUUGUACGCGCCCUUAGACCAGUUCACGGGUUUCCGCUGGUCAAAGAUGACGAUUCGUAACCACCGUUUCCCUUUCGAAGGUCGUAGUGCGUCUCACUAUUACACGGGGGACAGUCGUGUGUCACGUACAGGUGCGAGCGCGCUGCACACUGCACAACCGCUGCGCGGGUUCGACGCAGGGACACUGCGGCCUGCAGCGGGUCAGCGGUACCCGACCGCAAGCAUGCGCGCUCCCUGUGCUGGCUACCAGCUGCCACCGGACUAUGUGAUUGUCGCGAUUGCAGGAGCUUUGCUCGCUGGAGCGGGGUUCAUGCUUCGGAGUCUUGGUGAUGUGAUCGGAGAAGAGUCGCGACUUCCGUCAGCGAGCAGUGCGAAGACGCGCAGGGAGCUGUACGGAAGCCGGCGUUAUUUGCAGAAAAAACCGCCUCGAGACACAAAAUGA